CUGUGUUCUUAGCAACUCUUUACUUUACCUACCAGUCUUUGGACCUCUGCUCGAAUCGACUCGGCCCGAAUCCAAUCUGGACUCGACUAUUAGUCUGGUUGGGCAUUGUAAUGUGCUUCAUGCACAAAUCACUUAUUCAACUAUAGAUCAAAGUACACAUCACAAAUAAAGACAAACACAUACGCCAUGUAUCAUCCACACUCCAGUAGUACACUUGAGAUCCCUUUAAAGGGGUCCGAUAAUGUACUAGAGAUCUCGCGUUCGAGCCUCCCCACGCCUGCAGAGCUUUUUGACAUCCUGAAGGCUGAAGAAGCACCAUUAAGGAACUAUGUUUUAUUUGCACUUGAAUAUGCUCGACAGAACAAUGUGGACUCGGCUAUUAAAGUCUUAAUCGACGGUCUUAAUGUCGAAUAUGAGCCAAAUCCAAGGCCGCGUCUCCCCCUCCACAACCUCCUUGCAUCCCUUUACAUACGAAAGGCAUAUCAACCAGGGAUUAACCCUCACGACCGCAACACACUAUGGUCGGAGGCGACGAAACAUCUUGGCGCUGCUGAGAAGAUUAAUCCCAAGGAUGACACGACAUGGAUCAGCAAAGGUCUUCUUUUGCUCUCACGUAAUUCUUUGGAUGAAGCAUAUCGCCACUUUAAACAAGUCUUGGGAGAGAAUAGCAGAAGCAUUCCGGCCUUACUUGGCACCGCACGUAUCCACUUCAUCCGCGAGAACUACGUGCAAGCGUUGAACUGCUAUCGCAAUGUGCUAAAACUUCAACCAGACUGUAUACCUAAUCCACGCAUCGGUAUGGGCUUAUGCUUCUAUAAGCUUGGAAUGGUUGAACAUGCACAAAAGGCAUUCACACGUUGUAUUGAAAUGGAUGGACAUGAUGCCACAGCGCAUGUUUUAUUGGGGAUCAUUGAAUUCAACAAAUGCAAACACCCUGACCUCUCAGAAGAUGAUAUGAAACAACAUUACAAAGCCGGAUUUCUGCAUCUGAAAGACGCCUAUGCUGCAGACAAGAAUCAUCCAGUUGUCGGGCUGUAUAUGAGUAGACAUUUUGCAGUCAUAAAGAAUGUAGAUAAGGCAAUGGCCUUUGCAACUAAAGCUUCAAACGCGAAUGGUUUGAAAAAUGUUCAGUCAGAAGGUUUUUACAUUUUAGGCAGGAUUCAUCAUCAGAACGAGCGAUAUCUCGACGCUGUAGCCUGUUAUCAGAAGGCUGUUACAUACAAUCCAGACAACCUCUUGGCUCAGUUCGGAUUUGGUCAGACGCUUCUGUUCAAGCAGGAUAUUGCUGCUGCCAUUUCUGCAUUUGAGCGGAUUCUCAGCAAAGAACCAAAAUGUGUUGAGGCUAUUGCUAUUCUAGGAUCAAUUUAUUCUCGCUCCUCAGCAUCCAAAGGCAAAGCUUUGGAAUUUUUUGACAGAGCUACUAAUAUCAUACAUGAGCGUAACACACUCUCAAUUCAGGACCCACUCAUGUUUACAGAGAUGGCACAGCUGCUGGAACAGACAGAUAUCCCUAAAACACUCAAAGCAUACAUGUUUGCGCUCGGAAUCUGUGGACAGAAAAUUGAUAGAGGUGAAUUUGUAGAAUACAUGCCAGAGCUUUUAAAUAACGUUGCUGCGAUCAAUCACAUGGAUGGACGCCUGGACGCUGCUGAAGGAAGUUAUAACAAAGCGUUAGAUCUCUGUGCUGCUAAAGGAGAUGAUGUUGAUAUGGCAACGGAGGCAACCAUCACUACCAUCCGAUAUAACCUGGCCCGUUUAUAUGAAGAGCGAAACGAAAUCCAACGUGCGGAAGAAAUCUACAAGGACAUUGCGGCUAGGUACCACGGUUAUGCUGAUGCGCAUUUACGACUUGGAGUUAUUGAGCAGUCGCGUGGUAACUUUGAGCAGGCGGCUGAACUGUAUAAGGACGUGUUUGGUAUGAUUGACAACAAGAAUGUGGAUGCCUGGACAUUGAUGGGCAUGUUGCAACAGAAGCAAAACCAAAUCAGGAAUUCACGUAAGACACUAGAAAGGAUUGUCAAGGAGAUCAAUCGCCACGAUGUAUACGCUCUGUUGGCACUUGGAAAUAAUCAUCUUGGUAUUGCUCGUGAAGAAAAAGAUAAUAUGGCAAUGAAACAAGAGUUGUACAAGAAGGCGUUCGAAUUUUUUGAUAAGGUCCUCAAAAUAGAUGCAUAUAAUGCAUACGCAGCAAAUGGAAUAGCUAUCUCUUUGGCAGUUCACGGCCAUCAUACGGAAGCAAGAGAAAUGUUUCUUCAGCUCCGCGAAGCUGCUUCAGCGAUUCCAACGAUUUGGCUCAAUUUGGCCUUAGUGUCUGCUGAUAUGGGACAGUAUCGGAAUGCUGUCUUGUUGUAUCAAAGCGUCUCGAAAAAGUUUUUUAAUAAUGAAGAUGAGAAUGUCAUUUUGUCGAUGGCUAAAGCACAGUACUGCUUAGCCAAGCAAGAAAAGAGUCCAGAGAAGAUGCAGCAGGCUUUAGCAAUGGCACAAAGAGCUUUUCGUCUGAAUCCAAGCGAUAAAACUGCACUGUAUGAUAUUGCAUUGAUUCAACAAUCCUAUGCUCAGCUUGUAUCUGAUCGUGCCUCCAGCGAACGUACUGUUGAGGAUAUCAAUAACGCCAUGGCCGGCUUGAAUGUAGCCAAGAGUAUCCUCAAAUCAUUAAUCGCUGUCCCCGCAAAGGAACAUGUCUAUUAUGAACGUGAUAUUGCUGCACAACGCGAGAAGCAUGGAGAUUCAUUACUGAACAUGCUCCAGCGAAAACUUAAAGACCAGGAAGAAUUUGAGGCAGGGAAGAAGAAAGCUAUGGAUGAAACACGUAGGAAACGUGAAGAGGAAAAAGCAAAGAAGGACGAAGAGGAGCGUAAUGAACGUGAAAGACGAGAAGCAGAAGAGCGUGCGAUCUUGGAAAGGCGUCGUGCUUUGGAUGAGGGAGCCAAGGAAACACAGAGAGAGCUGGAUGAGAUGAACCGAGAGCGUGCGGAGCGCAAGCGAAUGGUAGUGAGUGAAGAUGAUUUGAGUGAUGAUGGUCUGGACGCCAAUGGUGAGCGCGAAUCCAAGAAACAGAAGAAGGAUCGAAAGCCAAGAGAGCCGAAGGAACCAAAGGAGCCUAAAGAACCCAAGGAGGCACGGAAAGGCAAACUCCGCAAGAAAUCAGAGCUUGAAGGACGAGCACGGAGUAAGAGCAUGGAUCGGGAUGACGAUGGUAUACAUGAUGAUCCUACAUCACAGAAAUCAUCGUCAAAGAAAUACAAAUCCAAGGAGACCAUUGAAUCUGAUGAGGAUGAAAUGUCUGAUUGAAGAACUUGCGCAGGACGGAAUAGACGAUAAUUGCAAUUUUCAAUGUAAACCUGCAU